CAAGCUGCUGGACAUGAAAAUGUGACCUGUGACUCCAGCACCGGGAGGAAGCAGAAAUCCCUCAGGUCCUGUCUGGUGUCUCAUCCUCAUGGAGAAGAGCCGUCCUUCAGGAGACACUAGCAGCUCCAGGAGACCUGCUCUCAACAUAAUGAGAUGAAGAUGUUCUGUGGUACUGAUGAGCAUCUUCUUCAGCAAAAGGAGAACAACAUCGCUGACAAAGCAGUGAAGGAAAGUCAGGAGACCCUCCAGCAACUGAUGCAGAACCUCCAGAAAAGAAAGUCUGAUGUGGAGCAGCAGAUCAAAUCCUGGCAGGAGACUGAAGCCGCUCAAGUGCAAGGACUUCAGGAGCAGCUGCAGCAGGAGAUCGCUGAGCUGAAGAAGAAAGAUGCUGAGCUGAAGCAGCUGUCACUCAUCGAUAGUCACUUGGUCUUUCUCCACAACUUGUCCUCACUCUCAGAGGUCAGUGAAGACACGUCCUCCUGCAGGACCCCCAGUCACCCUCACUGCUACUUUGAGGAAGUGGCAGCCGCCGUGUCAGCCAGCGGAGUUCGACUCCAGGACUUUGUGAGAGACACGUGGACCAAUAUCUCACUGAAGCUCGCUCCAGAAACAAAGACCAGAGCUAGGUUCCUCAGAUACUCUUGGGACAUCGCUCUGGAUCCAAACACUGCAGACUCAGUGUUGAAACUGUCUAAAGGAAACCGGAAAGUGACCCACAUGGACGAAGAUGAGUGUCCUCUGGAAGAUGAUGAGUCAUUGCAUCCAGACAGCUUCUUAGAUUUCCAUCAGGUCCUGAGUGGAGUGCCUCUGACUGGACGUUGUUACUGGGAGGUGGAGCUGCGAGAGUUUUUUGCUGAUGUAGCAGUUACAUACAAGACCAUCAGCAGAUCAGGAUACGAAAUGUGUCAACUCCAGUCUCCAGUGUUCGUCCCUCCAGAGUGGGCGCGUACCUGGAUCACUCUGCGGGUCUCCUGUCCAUCUACAGCGUCUCUGAAACCAUGAGCCUCCUCCACACAGUCCAGACCACCUUCUGGCCAACAAAAAG